AUGUUUAGAAAUAAUUACGAUAACGACUCUGUCACGUUCUCGCCUCAGGGUCGAAUAUUUCAAGUCGAAUAUGCAAGUGAAGCAGUCAAGCAAGGGAGCGUCGUCGUAGGAAUAGUUAGCAAGACACAUGCCGUCCUCGUGGCCCUGAAGCGUAAUGCCGAAGAACUCUCCUCAUACCAAAAAAAGGUUAUCGCUAUCGAUGAACAUCUCGGCCUCGCCCUAGCAGGACUCGCAUCUGACGCACGCGUUCUCUCAAAUUUCAUGAAGCAACAGUCCAUAUCUUCCCGCCUAGCAUAUGGUCGUGCAAUCCCUAUCGGUCGUCUUGUUUCCGCCAUUGGUGAUCGUGCCCAGGAGAAUACGCAACACUACGGUAAGCGCCCGUAUGGUGUUGGACUCUUAGUAGCCGGCGUUGACGAGACGGGACCACAUCUUUUUGAGUUUCAACCCAGUGGCAUGACACAUGAAAUGGUUGCAUGUGCCAUCGGCGCUAGAAGUCAAAUGGCCAGGACAUACUUGGAACGUAAUGUGGAAAAAUUUACCGAUUGCAGUAGGGAAGAUCUGGUGAAGCAUGGGUUGCUAGCCCUCAAAGAAAGCUUGGCUCAAGACAAAGAGCUAGCGAUUGAAAAUACAAGUGUUGGAGUUGUAGGCGUAGGAUCUGGCUCAAAGGGGGCUAAGAUAGAGGGCUUCAAACUGUACGACGGAAUCGAAGUAAAGCAGUGGAUUGAUAUGGUGACAGAUGAAAAAGAAGUUACUAGUGCUGUAGAGGGUAUGGAGCUUGACUCGUAA